GGGCGGUCUUAUCUGGCCUGACUGAUCGCAGGACGCUUCAGAAGAUAAAACAAUGUAAUUGCCCCCCAAAAAGAAGCAAAUAAGUAUAGAUUCAGUGACACAGGGCCCCAGUAUAGUACUUAAGGUACGCAUUGCUGACAAAAAUAAAAAAGUAUUCUGAAAGCUGCAUAUUUGGCACUCUCCCUUAGGAGCAUUACCGGCAAUAUUAAAAAUUAUGCAGUAUUCAGCAGAAAUGUGAGGAAUGCAGCAACUACGUAUGGCAGACAACUGAGUUUCAGAUUCCAUGUGCUUCAGACACUUCAGAAAAUACAUGCUAAUGCAGAACCUGUUAUUCUAACACCCUUCUAAGUACAGAAGAGCAGUAUUAUGAUGUUCGUUCCUUUGAACCUGCCUGCUCCCAUUUUUCCUUGUUCCUCGUUCCUGAGAGUUCAGGAAGUGAAGCAGAGAACACCUCUCACACUCCAAGUAGAAAAUUGCCUGGUGUUACUGAAGCUGAAAGGAAAAUUGUUAGUGAAAGGAAGAAAGUUGUUUUGCAAGCCAUCAAAAAUGUACUUAAAAGUCAAACUUUGGAGGAUGCUCCUACUAUUGCUGUUCUGGCAUCAGGCGGCGGGCUGCGUGCUAUGAUAAGCUUGGCAGGAACCUUGGAAGCACUGAAUGAAGCAGGUCUGCUGAACUGUGUGACAUACCUCUGUGGAGUGUCUGGCUCAACUUGGUGCAUGUCAUCUAUUUAUGAUAUUCAAGACUGGACAAAAUUUGAUGUAGUGGUUCAGAAAAUUAAAGAUCAAAUUACAAAAGCUAGACUUGGAUGGCGUGAAAUGAUAGAGCAGCUGGAAAUCACCAUUGAUGAAGAUACCUUUUCACUGACAGAUAUAUGGGCAGUAUUUGUUGCCUAUUUUAUGACACAUCAGAUAAAUAAAAAUAAGCUGUCAGAACACCGGAAGGGCAUAGAAGAUGGGAAAAAGCCUUAUCCUAUUUAUACAGCUGUGCCUGUAACUAUAACAUACAGACCAUCUAAAGAUAACUGGAUGGAAUUCACACCAGAUCAUGUUGGCUUCACUGAACUCAAGAACAGUUUUCUUCAGACUGAAGACUAUGGAAGCAAGUUUGAUGAGGGACAGAUAGUAAUGAAGAAAACAGAGCCAAAUCUGUGCUAUCUAGAUGGCCUAUGGGGGAGCGCUAUUGUUGACAUAAUCCCAGAAUGGAAAGAUGAAAUAGAGACACUGUUGGAAAACAUCCUUGAUGAAGUACAUAAGGCUUUAUUAGAAGAAUCAGUUGAGCAAGAUAUUAUUAACCUACUGGAAAAAAUAAAAAAAAAUAUUAAGGAUGUCAUAUCCUGGAAGUGGGGCACAACAAACAACCAGCUUUAUAACUACCCUGAAUCAUCAGGUUCUGGCAUUCCUGAUUAUAUUUCAAAGAUGAAAUUCCUUCAUCUGAAAGAUGCUGGACUGCUACUUAACGCUGCAUAUCCAGUAGUUCUGUGCGAGGAACGAACUGCUGAUCUGAUAUUGUCAUUUGAUUUCUCUGAAGGUGACCCAUUUCAAACAAUUAAAUAUGCUAAGGAGUACUGUGACAAGAACAACAUAAUGUUUCCUGAUGUUAAUGAAGCUGAAAAUGCGGAUGUCAAUGAUCCAAAUGACUGCUACAUCUUCAAGGGUAACAAGGGAGAGAAAAAACCAACAGUCAUGCACCUCCCACUUUUUAACAAUGUGAAUUGUAAAGGACCUGAUGGCAUUCAGGAGUAUCGAAAGGAAUUCAGUACAAGAACAUUCGAUUAUACAGAGGAAUCGUUCUCCAAGUUGAUAGCUGCUGCAAAGGCAAAUGUUCAAAACAACAUUGAUUUAAUAACAGAGCAGAUUGAAAACCUUGUCACAGGAAAUGGGAAAUGAUCUACUAUGCUGAGAUAUAACUGAACUCUUUAGCACAGCUGGCAGUGCAAGAAGAAGCCAGAAAAUACAAGAAUUCUUCAUAUAUGAUGUGGAUGCUCAGAUGAUUCUUCUCAAUUUUAAGUUGACCGCCUAUGGAUUUUGGAAUAUAUAUUACUUCUGUGACUCUGGAUCAAUGUAUGAAAAAAAUGGUGCAACUAAUCUAUUAAUUUGGCUUAUAUGGCUAUUAACUCUGUCCUGGAAAAGACAUGCAACUGUUGUUUCAGAGCUUAUUAAUUCUUGAACAUUUUCAUCUCCUUGUGUCUUAGAUUAAUAACAUGGGACAAUAAGCAUUUCAAAAACUUUAAUUAGUCUGUUUGCCAUAUAAUUCAUAUAAUUACAAUAAAUGAUUAAAAAAUUGGAA